GACAGCAGCACAGCAAAACUUUUUAAAGCGUUUAAGCUGCUAGAAAACACUUAUAAAACGAAUAACCAAUAGCGAGUGCAGUCCGUUCGCGGGAAUGUGCCUGGCAGACAGCACCCAGGGCUGCUGUGCACCAAUCAGCGCAUGACGAGUGUUGAAGAGUCCGAGAAGGAAUCGAAACUGAGUUGGAGUGAAGGGAAACGAGAGUUUGCAGCUUCUGAGCGUCGACUUCAGGUGACCAUCUGCCUCCAGAGCUCUUCUCCACGCCGGGGAGAAUUCAAUGGGAGGGAAGCCAGAAUGGACAGCCUCAGACACAAACGCAAGACGGACAUCAGCAAGUCCCUGGCGUUCAUACAAUUGUCCCUGCCAUACCCCGAACCCGCUGACUUCAAGGACUUCCUGGUCCAGUUAGUGCACAACCUGCUGGAGGAAGGCAGCGACCUGAUCACGGAUGGAGACCUGAAGGAGGCGGAGAAAGAGUUCAGCGAAGGGCUGGAUGUUUCUGCUUAUGCCUUGGCGCAGGGGGUCGAGAUUCCACCAGUUCUCCUGGAGAGUCUCCACGUCAACCGAGCGGGCGCUCACCACCGCCUGAAAGAGUACGACAAGGCAGUGAAGGACUGUGAUGAGGCUCUGCGGCUCAACAGGGAGAGUCGCAACGCUCUCUACAGGAAGGCUGCGUGUCUUAGGGACAUGGGACGUCUGAGGGAGGCGUACAACUGCGCCACCGAGUGCCUGCUGCUGAACCGUCUGGACAAAGAAGUGAACAUUCUGGCGCAGAAACUCGCCAUCCAACUUGGUCUGAAGACUAGAAAGCCCUACAUCAGUUCCAAGGUGCCUGGCUCGCACUUUGGACACGACAGUGGUCCGCCAGAGAAUGUCUCUGCUGCAGGUGGGUCUUCAUCUGGAGACACUUCCAUCAGAACCCUGACGGAUGACUUCUCUUCAGCGAGUGUGCUGCCCGCCCCCCCGCCGCCCGCUGUCUCCCCCCCCCCGGCGUCCGACAAGACGGUCCCGUCGGCUGAAUCGGACCUGAUCGGAGACGACCUGGACACCCUGCUGGACUGCUACCCUGCGGAGCAAACCGAGCCGGGGGUCACGUCCUCAAGCUUCUGCGCCCCCAUCCACGUGAUGCCCACCUGUCUCCCUGCGCCCAGUCCCCAACUCCCGCCCGCCUUCUUCCCCUCUGCGGUCAGCCAGCUCAACAGCCUGGACAGUCCUGCGGUGGGAGCAGAGACCACCCUGGACGCUCUGGACGACCUCCUGCCCUCGCAGAGCCUGGACUCCUUGGACGACUUUUCUCCCAUCAGCCUGGAGGCUGGGCGUUUCACGCCAGCUCCGCUCGAAGGGCUGGACUCCCUGGAUUCCCUCUGCGACGCGUCACCCAGUUCUAAAGUGAGGGGCUCGGGCGAGGCAAAGGACCUCACCGUUCUGUUGAGUCAACUGGGCCCAGUGGAAAAGGCCCCCGAUGUUGAGCUGGGCUGCAUGAACGGGGGCGCGGUGCACCAGCUGGACAUGUUUGACACAGACGUGUCCGCUGGGGUCACCACGCUCGACACGCUCUCCGACUUUGGCCCCUCAGGGGUGUCUGCCAUUCCUGCUGCUGCCUCCAACACCACCCUCAACACCGCUGCCGAAGCCAAGCACCCGCUGGCCAGGACCCACGAGUUCCUGCAGGCCUGUGUCGCCUGUUUCCCUCGAGAAGGUCAGGGGGUUCACACCUUCGUCCACAAGCCCAACCUGGUCCACAACUGCGAGCGAGACAUUCUCCUGUGCCGGCGAAAGUCCCCGGUCCCCGCAAAAUGGACCAGAAUUCGAGAGAUACCCACAUGGACAUCCUUCACCGGACCCUUCGUGCUGUGCAGAGGUUUCCAACGCUCACCAUCAGAAUCCAUCUUGUGGCGAGUUUGGUUCCAUUUGUCUGGACCUUCAGAUCUGAUCGCCUCUGGAGACCUGGGCCUGUGCAAGUACGGCGAGGACUGCACCUUUGCCUUCAGCCAACUGGAGAUUGACGUGUGGACGGCGGAGAGGAAGGGGGCGCUCAACAGACAGCUUCUGUUCCAGUUAGCCGCGCCGGCGCGGGACCCUAUCGGCAACGUCGUGCGCUUACUGCAGGAGAACAAGGGCACGUUCAUCUUCGUUUGUAAGGAGUGCUUCGACGGCAAACCCAGGAUCAUCAGCAAGCGCCUGAAGGCCAACCCGUCCGUCUGCUCCAACUUGGACGUCCACCAUAACUUUGAUGCCAACAAGUGCCUGGCUUUUGUGGUCCGGACCACCACGGUCAACUACAAGAAGGUCCGCCCCCUGAAUGUCAUGUGCCACCUGGACAUUUGCCACAAAGCCGUGCGCUUUGGCUGCCAGCACGAGGACCAGUGCCGCUUCGCUCACUCCACUAUUGAGCUCAAGACGUGGCGGGUUCAGCGCAGCACAGGAAUCAGUCCGGAGGAGAUUGUACGAGUCGCGGCCAAUUUUUACGAGAGCGCAGAAAGAAAGCAGAAGGCAAACUUUGCAGCAACAAACACUGGAAACCGAAAAGCGGGCGGAGCCACCAGGAAGAGCCUGAACAUGAAGAUGAAGUUCGUAUGUGGCCAGUGUUGGCGGGACGGACGCAUCACGGAGCCUGACAGGAUCCUCAAGUACUGCUCAGCCAAGGCCCGACACCUGUGGAACAGGGAGCGGCAGAUUCUGAUGGUGAGGUCUCUGCAUGAAACCAAAUGGGCUCAGGUCCGGCCACUGCCACACUCCUCCAAGAACUUCCCUGCGCAAUACGAGCUCUGCACCCGGAUUCUGGAGAGGAACAGAUGCACAGUGCCCAACUGCACGUUUGCCCACAGCCCGGAAGAGAGAGACAUGUGGAUGUACAUGAAGAGCAACGACUUGCAUGAUAUGCAGCAGAUGUACAACAUGUGGCUGUCGCUCAGCACCCAGAGCCAACCUGCAGAGGGCGCCGCACACCCCCCGCCCAACAUGGAGGAGAAGUACAUCAUGAUGCCGACAGACAACAUGGAACCAUCGAGCGGCUUCCACUGCCGGCUGUGCGGCAAGUACAGCAACAGCGAGCGCCAGUGGCAGCAGCACAUCUCCACCGAGAAACACAAGGACCGGGUGUUCAGCUGCGAGGGGGAGGAGGAGGCGCUGACCUGGAGCUACCGCUUCCCCGGCAAACAGCUGGAGCUCUGCCCAAAGCUCGGGGGGCACUGCCCAGACGGUGUCAGCUGCGACUUCGCCCACAGCACGGAGGAGCUCCAGGAGUGGCGCGAGAGGAGAGACUUCCUGCGACGGAAGUUGGACAGGGCCAGAGAAGAGUUGCUCAUCAUGCCUGACGAGUUUGACUUUGGAAAGUACAAUUAUCUACUCAAGUCUUAAUGCAAACAUUACCGACUAGAUUUGUUUGGGCUACCAAGUGCUCUUAAAGAACCCGGGAAGAAGCCAUUUUAUUUCUCUCCACGCCACUGUUUUCUUUUACUGUGGGCAGCACAGGAGGCUCCUUGGCUUUUACUUGAAUAUAUUACGGGAGAAUCACCACAAGUUCCUUGACAAAUCUUGAGUUGUUCUUCAUCUGCCACAGCUGUGCGAACUUGUGCUGGUUUAAGUCUUGUGGAGCAAAGAUUCUGUGAAUAAAUAAAUAAUUCCGUUUAAAUACCCCCAAUGUUUUCAUAGAAUGUGAAGGCCAUGAAAGGUGGGAUCAAAGAUGAGGCUUAGAUUGUCAUAAAACGCUCUCGUUUUGACGGAUUUAUUUGGAUUGGUCGCCAUACCUUCACCUGUUUUAUCCCUAUGAAGCAGCGAGCCCGGUUCUGUUUUCACUUUCCACGUGUGAUCU